AUGCAUCGCUUCCAGAUGCAACCAAAAUCGCAACUCUUCGACUUCGAAAAACAGCAGGGACGUUAUGUGCGAGACAGCCUAGUAGUAUCAGAAGGUGGCCUGGUUUUUCCUAAACUCUCUGGGUCUUUUCCUUACUCAAAUGGUCCGGUGUUUAGGCCUAAUACUUGUUUAAUGCAGGAAUUACUUCGAACCGACUACGAUCGCUAUGAUGAAGAAGUGGAAGGUGGUUAUUCUCCUGCUGAUCCGCAAGUUGUGUCUAUUAAAAAAGGAACGGAAAUACCCGAAAGUUUAGUGCUCUUCCGCGAAGAUUCCUCUCGGUUCUCACUUCAACCGUCACGCCCAUUGUUACUGGAUGAUUUCAACAACAUACUAGAUGAGUUCUACUCAACAUCCGCCAUCUUAACUAAUGCGGCUGAUUGGAUGGAAACGCAUGAAUAUCACAACGCUUUUGCGGACAAUGCAGAGGAGGUUUGGAUACAACACUGA